AUGGCACCUAUCUCUACCAACACCUCUGGGUACAACACUCCCGACUCCGAACUAGAGUCUGUGCUUCCCAUCCAUCCCACCGCCGUUCGUCGCCCCAAUGCAAUCACUGUUCAGUCCGAGAACACGCUCUACAGCGACGAGCACAUCACCGCCAAGUUCUUCAACCGUGGCUCUGAGGUCACCGUGACCGACGGCCACUUCUCUGUCAAACCCACCGUUCAGGAGUACGAAUUCCAGACCAAGCGCGCAGUUUCCAAGACCGGUUUGAUGAUGAUCGGUAUUGGCGGGAACAACGGCACGACCUUGUGCGCGACCAUCCUCGCCAACCGCCAUAACAUCGUCUGGCACACCAAGGAGGGCAUCCAGCAGCCCAACUACAUUGGCUCUGUCCUCCGUGCCUCCACCGUCCGUAUUGGAACCGAACCCGGCACCGGCAAGGAAGUUCAUGUCCCUGUCUCUGACAUUCUUCCUAUGGUCCACCCCAACGACCUCGUGCUUGGAGGUUGGGACAUUUCCGGCGUCCCCCUCGAGAAGGCCAUGAAGCGCUCCAAGGUCUUGGACUACGACCUUCAGCGCCAGGUCGCGCCGCACAUGGCGCUCCUUGGCAAGCCCCUUCCGUCCAUCUACUACCCCGACUUCAUCGCCGCCAACCAGGAGGCCCGCGCGGAUAACCUCAUUCCGGGUGAAGACAAGCAAGCUCACCUCGAGCACAUCCGCGCCGACAUUCGCAAGUUUAAGCAGGAGAACGACUUGGACCGUGUCGUCGUCUUCUGGACCGCCAACACCGAGCGCUACAGCGACAUCAUCCCCGGCGUCAACGAUACUGCGGGCAACCUCCUCGCUGCGAUCAAGGCCUCCCACUCUGAGGUGUCUCCUUCGACCCUCUUCGCUGUCGCCGCCAUCCUCGAGGGCGAGCCCUUCGUCAACGGUGCGCCGCAGAACACCUUCGUUCCAGGUGCCAUCGAGCUCGCCGAGAAGCACCAGUCGUUCAUCGGUGGCGACGACCUCAAGUCGGGUCAGACCAAGCUCAAGUCCGUACUAGCAGAGUUCCUCGUCAACGCUGGUAUCAAGCCCCUCUCCAUCGCCUCCUACAACCACCUCGGCAACAACGAUGGCCACAACCUCUCCGCCGAGCGCCAGUUCAAGAGCAAGGAGAUCAGCAAGAGCAGUGUCGUCGAUGACAUGGUCGACGCGAACCGUCUCCUCUACAAGGCUCCGAAGGUCGGCCCCAAGGGCGUCCUCGUCGGCAAGGGCGAGCACCCCGACCACAUCGUCGUCAUUAAGUACGUGCCCGCCGUUGGCGACUCGAAGCGCGCGAUCGACGAGUACUACUCGGAGAUCUUCUGCGGUGGCCGCUCGACCAUCAACAUCUUUAAUGAGUGCGAAGACUCGCUCCUUGCGACGCCCCUCAUCCUGGACUUGACUAUUCUCACCGAGCUGCUUACUCGCGUCAAGUAUCGCAAGGUUGGGGCUGGCCAGGACUUCGCUCCGUUGUACUCGGUCCUGUCGCUCCUUUCCUACAUGCUCAAGGCUCCUCUCGUCAAGCCUGGCACCGAAGUCGUCAACAGCCUCAACAGGCAGCGCAACGCGCUCGAGAGCUUCCUCAAGGCCUGCAUCGGCUUGGAGGGCAACAGCGACUUGCUCCUCGAGACCAGGAUCUGGUAA